GGAAAGAAUCCCAAGCAGGCUCUGAUGCAAGGCUCUGACUCAGGGCUCCAUCCCACGAACCAUGAGAUUGUGACCUGAGCUGAAACAGAGUCCAGGACCAUUAACCGAGCUACCCAGCCGCCCCUGUCCUCACAGUUAUUUAUCACAGAUUAGUAUGAUUUUUCAGAAGCGUGUUUUUCAGCUUUGUUGGGGGUGUGUCUAAAGCACCUCUUAUUCCAGGGCUAUCUCAGUCCCUGUCGGGAUCGCACUCCAGGGGCGCCUGUUUCCCAGAAGCUGUGUUCCCUCCCUGUUGGGGUUGCACUCAUGUGGGGACAGUUGACUGUUUGGCAAAGACUCAGAGGGACCCUGGGCAGUUUUCUGAGUUUUUCUGUGUGUAGCUGCCUGCUUCCUGUGGUCUUUGCAUAAAAUGUUUGGGUAUCAGACGGAAGACUGAGCGUACAGAGUUACUCAUGUUUAUAGACUGUCUUAAAAAAGGUGACCAAUGUUGGUGUCGUGAUGGCCCAUUUUACGUGGUGGCCUGGUGGGCCCCCUCCCAGGGGUCGCUGUGGGGCAUUCUGUGGAGGUCACCGGCGCCUGUAACCACUGGACUCCAGGUGAGGGACAUCAUCCUUGGUGACCUGAGUGGGUCUUAUCAGUGAGGUGAAGUGCACUGGAAGCAGGGCAGAGGCUUCCCCGAAGCAGGAGACAUUCACACCGUGGAACAGCUUUGCCCCAUUCCCAGAGAGCCCGCUUGUGGCCUGCCAGCCACCACAGCUACGUGAGCCCGUUCCUCGCGGGACUCUCCGAGUGUCUGCAUGGCGUGCUACUGGUCGUGUCUUUGUGGAUGAACCCUGCUGCACACAGAUGCUCCUGUCGUAUGAUGUUAUGUGAGAAAAGCAGUUUUCAGUGUGAUGCCGAAUUUGAAAACCGUGAAGUUAUACGCACGCAGAGAACACAGCCUUCGAGGGGAUAAAUGGAGGCAGGAGCAGUUCCAGAGAAACCCCGACAGCUACAAUGGCGCCGUGCGUGAGAACUACACCUGGUCGCAGGACUACACUGACCUGGAGCUCAAGGUGCCGGUGCCCAAGCACGUGGUGAAGGGCAGGCAGGUCUCAGUGGCCCUGAGCAGCAGCUCCAUCCGGGUGGCCGUGCUGGAGGAAGCUGGGGAGCACGUCCUCAUGGAAGGGAAAUUCACCCACAAAGUCAAUACUGAGAGCUCCCUCUGGAGCCUGGAGCCUGGGAAGUGCGUUCUGGCACACGUGGUGGCUGCACUCGGUGAGCAUGGAGGGGCUCCUGUCAGGGUCAUCCCUGCAUGGCGGAGCUCGCUUGGAUGUGACCCCUGGUCCCAGAGGCUCCCGCUUGCCAGGUCCUGGGUCGUGUCGGAGGCAGAGUCAAGUAAGGCGAGGAUUGAGAGGCAGGUUGAAUUUCCGGGAUGCUGCACCAGAGGACGCAGAGCACAGUCGGACCGCUCAUUGGACAGCGAGGGUUUCAUUGAGCCACUCGGGGCUGCAGAGCCCCAGCAGGAGCUUCAGUGCCCUGUUUACUGGAACCUUCCAUGGCUCCGCCCCCUCUUCAGGGUCUUGGCCUGGUCGGUGGGUGCUGCCCAGCGGGACCUCGAAUGGCACGGGGUGCCUCACCAGACAGGAAGAUACCAGGUCUUUGGACAAAACCUGAGGGUUUUAAAGGCACGUUCUUCACGUGUGCCAGAAAGGAAGGAAAGAAGAAAGCAAAAAAAUGUGUGUUUCGGUUUUAUGAAGAUCUGCAUCUCCGCGGGAUGGGUGCCAGUGGGCCAGCCUGUCUGUGGGGACUGUCAGGGCCGUGGGGUGGAGAGGGGUCUGUCAGUGCUGGGGUGCUGGAGUCCCUUGGCACACGGGGCCCCUCCAUGUGACGAGGACAACGGGUCACAGAGCAUAGGCCCCUCCGCAUGACAAGGACACCAGGUCGCAGAGCACAGGCCCCUCCACAUGACGACGACACCGGGUCGCAGAGCACAGGCAGGUCUGCUUGGCCCUUGUUCUGAACCUAGCUUUGCACGUCCUUGUCCUUGCGAGGCUUCUCUCCGUGAGACCGCCUCCCUCUCGUCAACCUGGGGCUCAGCCCUUCUGGCCGUCAGGCUGUGCCUCCCAUCCCCCCCCCGCCAAAGCCAUCCCUGCACCCGGCCAUGUGGGCAGCGGUGUCUCCAGCUCCUCUCAUUUGCAAAAUACCUUCACGAUGACGGCCUUACUUCCCACGGUCGUGGGAGGCACAGUCAGGGUCUCUUGCCCCUCGCCCCAUGACAGCUGCUGGCAGCUCCUGUGGCACAGGUGGAGCUGUGAGGCCGGAGCCCAUGGACAAGGGGUGCAGCGGCUCCAGAGCAGUGCCCAGGGUGAGUCCUGGUGGUACCGUUGCUGUGCUCCCCAGAGGAGCAUGGCUGGGAAGCCCUCACCAUGCAGUCUGUCUGCCCUGACACUUCUUCUGGGAUGCACGAAACCAUGUCCGUACAAGGACAGGCUGGCCUCACAGCCACUGUGACUGGUGUACCUGACAUCACUGCUGUGGAAACAUGCUGCUCAUGACUCGGUAGCGCGUCUCGUAAUGGCUUUGCUUGGCAGAGAUGACUUUGACGUCCUCGUGGCCAUGUUGUCUCUGUUUUGUGUGCGUGUGCCUAAGCGGGGCUGUGGCCGGGCCGGAGUGCAAUUCAUUGUCCCGGCUGCCACUUGCAAGCACACAGGGGGCCGGGCUCUCAGAGUGGCCUGGUAACACGGUAAACUCUCUGGAAGCUUGCUUUCUGGACAUGGACCCUGCACCUGGAAGUGGCUCACCCAAGCUGAAGCCUGCCUGUUCCCUCCCUGUCGGCCUUCCCG